AUGAGCAACCGCGGCGUCGGCUUCACCGUGUUCCAAGUCCCGGGGGCCAAGACACCCAGGCAGCGCUCCACGGGCUCAGCGCGGCUGGGCGGCGGCCCCGUCCUCGCGACGAGCGGGCCCUCGCUCGGUUUCGGGAACCCCUACACCUCUUCAGCCACGAGCAGCUCCAUGAUCGGGACGUCACCGUCCACGCUAACCCCACCCGCACUUGCGAGCAGCUCUGCUUCAGCCGACCGUCUGCAGCGCCAUAGUACCACGACUUUUGCCGUCUUCCAGCCACCUGGAGGUCUCCAGUCGAUUCUGCAGCGAGCUGGAGCGCCACCUGUGUCCCUAGGGGCGCCGUUGCCCUAUGCAGGAACUUCCGGUAGCAUCGGGGGCAGUCACAGUUCAACGGGCAGCACUUGUGGACGAGGCGGCGGAAGUCUGCGCUUGGCGUCCGCGCUUUCUGCCCCGACGAUCGACGACAAUGAGACUGCUGACCAGUCACGAGGCGGCAUGAGCUGGAUGCGCACGGGUCGCAUCAUCCGGGUCAAGGACUCGGGCGACAGUUUUCGCUUUCCACUUGAGACGGAGCAUUUGCCAAUCACCCACGUCUCAAGUGAACACUUUGACCGGCUCAAGCUCGAGCUCGAGAGCCUAGCGGACACGUACGUGAACUCCCCUGCGACGUGGCUCGACAAUCCGACCUUGUGUCCUCAAUACCGAAGUCAGAGCUGGAAACCGCACGUGGAGAAGAAGAAUUGCGUCAUUUACCGCUUGAAAGAAGCAGCUGAUGCUAGCCACUUGCAGCGAAGAGCACUGCUGCGUGCCAAGUUGGACACGUCGUUGGACGAUCUCGAGUAUGCAGUCAAUUGCUCCACGACGGACGACCAGCGGCUGUACAUGUCGCAUUGUUACCAGGACAGUUUCUUGGACUCGGCCGUGCUGCAAGUGCACGAACGUGCAACGUGUGACGACGCGUUCCACUUUGUGGGGAUCAAGUGGCUUGCUUUCCAGAGCUCGGUGGACUCGGUGUUUAGCUGUCGGGAUGCGCUCGUGGUGGAGUUUGCCAAGACUAUGAUGGACGCGAAUGGUCACAAGGUGCUCGUGAAGAUCCAGAAGAGCAUUAGCAUGACCGAGUGCGGUGGGAGCGAACGCAGUUUUGGCUUCGCCCGCACGACGGGAACGUGGGUGUGGCUGUUUCGUGGCAUGGGUCCUAUGAGCGGCAAAGUGGACGUGUCAGCGAUCACGGAAGACCACUUUGACAGCAGCACCCGCACGACGCCGAGCUGGGUUGCGAACCGUGUCUUGUCCACAUUGCAUACGGCUGCAAUUAAUCACGCUACGGUUGCUGAUGCCAAGUUCCUCGUGCGUAGCCGCAUGAUUACGAACAAACCGUGGGUACCGAACAACGAGCGCCCGGCGUGUUUUGUCUGCUUCAAGAGCUUCAACUUGCUGCGUUCGCGUCACCAUUGUCGCGUUUGUGCUGAAAUAAUGUGCGGGGCUUGCACGAUCGAGCUUGGGAUUCAAGCCAGCAAGCUUCCAUUGGGAAUGCUGCCCGAGACGGGCAAUGGCUUGAUUGUCAGUGUCGAGAAGUUCUGUCUCAAGUGUAUCAACAGGUCCAGACAGGAUCGACGCACCGCACUUGCAGCAAAGAGUGCCGGGAUGAUUGACCUCGCUUUGGACGACGUUUUUGACAACGAGGUGCCCAUUUCGUACGCCUCUCGUGAUAGUGAGAUCGACUACAGCGAGGUGUCGCCUGCUGGAGGAUCGAUCUUGGAUCAUGCGGUCGAAAGGGAGCUACAGCCGCAGCAGAAUCACUCGCUCGCUUCUUCGUCUUCGUCUACGAGCUCACACAGCGGUACGAAUGGCGACAAGUCCGGCAUCUCGUUUGCAGGCUGGUCCACCAAAGUUCUUUCUGCAAUCAACCGUGAAAAGUCAGCAGAGUGUGCCAAAGGGCAGUCGCUCGUCACGCUUACAUCCGCUAGCUCUAGUAGGAACGUCUUGGAUGCUGGGGCUUGCACGCCUCGCAGCAUGCGCCGGGGAUUUGACGACCGGCGACGACUUAAUUCAGAUGCUUCUGGUUGCACGACUAGCAUCAGUUCGCAGAGCGACUGUGACAGUACUUCUGACCUGAUGAGCCGCCGGACGGAUCGUGACCCGAUUGCAGGCGACGCGGUUGUGUUACUCGAGGAGCCUAGUGACGUGCUACACGUUACGCCGUUGCCCACGUCUUUCACGAAAAUGGAGGAGCAAAUCGCAGCUCAGCAGGCGUUGUUGCGCUCGAUGUUUAUUGAAGGCAAGAAGAUCAUGGAGCAGCAGCAGGGAUACAGCAGACAGGUUCAUCCUGCGCAAGCGCAGCGUCACGCCGACCAAAGGCAGCCACCGAAAAGCUUGAGCGACAAGGAUCGACUUGCUCUGCCACCGUCUUCGACUUCUAUCGAGUACAUUGACUGA